CCUGUCCUAAACUAUUCAUUUGGUUUGCCUUGAAAUGAAAUCACAAAGUAAAGUUUGUUUUGAAACAGUCAUAACCUCCUUUUCCAGCUGCUCCGGUAACACACGAAAGACUCCGCCGCUCUAACCUUCGUCGUUGCCGCUCCUUUCUCAAACACACCCACGCAGCAAGGAAUUAUGUCGCCUAUGAGAUUAACAAGGUUUCUUUCAAAAUCCUCUUUACUUCCUAACUUUUUCACUUUCAGAUUUUUCUCACAUUUUCACAAUGUUAGUGAUGUUGUUGAUGAUGAUUCUAUUUAUAUGUUCAAAAGUAUGCUAAAUAUGCGAAAAACCCCUUCCAUUAUUGAAUUUAACAAGAUUUUAAGUUCCCUUGUUAAAACAAAGAACAAUUACUCAACUGUUGUUUCCCUUUUCCAACAAAUGGAAUUCCAUGGAACAAUUAGGCCUAACAUUAUUACUAUGUCCAUUUUAAUCAAUUGUUACUGUCACGUAGGUCAAAUGACUUAUGCAUUUUCUAUAUUGGGAAAGAUUCUUAAGAUGGGUUAUCAGCCGGAUGUCGUAACCUUGACAACCCUUAUAAAAGGCCUUUGUCUUAAUAAUGACAUUCAGAAAGCAUUGUACUUUCAUGAUGAUCUUAUCACAAAGGGUUUUCAGUUGGAUCAUGUUAGUUACGGGACAUUGAUUAAUGGCUUGUGUAAAAUGGGACAUACAACACCUGCCCUCCAACUGUUGAGACGGCUCGAAAAAGGAUCAGUCAAGCCUGGUUUGGUAAUUUACAGUACAAUCAUUGAUAGCAUGUGCAAAGAUAAGCUUGUAGAUGAUGCUUGUCAAUUAUUUUCUGAAAUGGUUAUCAAGGGUAUUUCGCCUACUGUUGUCACUUAUAGUGCUCUAAUCUAUGGUUUUUGUAUUGUCAGUCAAUUAAAACAAGAUAGGAAUGCCAACAAUCGAAUGCUACAAAUGCGUAAUACUCCUUCCAUUAUUGAAUUUACCAAGAUUUUAGGUUCUCUUGUUAAAACUAAGAACAAUUACUCAACUGUUAUUUCCCUUUCUCACCAAAUGGAAUUCCAUGGAAUUAGGUCUGACAUUUUCACUAUUACAAUUUUGAUCAAUUGUUACUGUCAUAUAGGUCAAAUGACUUGUGCAUUUUCUCUAUUGGGAAAGAUUCUUAAGAUGGGUUAUCAGCUGGAUGUAGUAACCGUGAAUACCCUUAUCAAAGGUCUUUGUCUUAAUAAUGAGGUUCAGAAAGCAUUGUACUUUCAUGAUGACCUUAUCACUAAGGGUUUUCAGCUCAACCAUGUUAGUUACGGGACAUUGAUCAAUGGCUUGUGUAAAAUGGGACAUACAACACCUGCCCUCCAACUGUUGACAAGACUCGAAAAAGGAUCAGUAAAGCCUGAUGUGAUGAUGUAUAAUACAAUCAUUGAUAGCAUGUGCAAAGAUAAGCUUGUAGAUGAUGCUUGUCAAUUAUUUUCUGAAAUGGUUAUCAAGGGUAUUUCGCCUACUGUUGUCACUUAUAGUGCUCUAAUCUAUGGUUUUUGUAUUGUGAAUAAAUUAAAAGAAGCAAUUGUUUUGUUGAACGAAAUGGUAUCGAAAAACAUCAACCCAGAUGUUUAUACCUUUAAUAUAUUGAUCGAUGCGUUUUGUAAGGAGGGAAAGAUGAAAGAAGCUAAAAGUAUGUUAAAUAUAAUGAUGAAACACGGCAUGAAACCUGAUGUAGUUACUUAUAAUACUUUAAUGGAUGGGUUCUGCCUUCGUAAUGAAGUGAGCAAGGCCAAAUAUAUAUUCAACACUAUGGUCCAAAGGGGAAUGAUGCCCAAUGUUAAGAGCUACAGUAUUAUGAUUAAUGGGUUCUGUAAGAGUAAAAUGGUGGAUGAAGCCAUCAAUCUCUUCGAAGAAAUGCAUUUCAAAAAUAUGUUUCCUGAUACAGUAACUUACAGCACUCUUAUUGAUGGCUUGUGCAAAUCAGGGAGAAUAUCAUAUGCCUGGGAGCUUGUAGAUGAGAUGCGUGACAGAGGUCAACCACCCAAUGCAAUCACCUACAAUUCCUUCUUGCACACUUUGUGCAGAAAUCAUCAUCUUGACGAGGCAAUUGCAUUAGUCAAGAGUAUUAAAGACCACGGUAUCAUGCCAACUUUGUACACGUACAGUAUCCUAAUUGAUGGACUUUGCAAAGGUGGGAGGCUUAAUGAUGCACUAAAGGUUUUUAAGGAUCUUCUGGCUAAAGGAUACAAUCUAAAUGUGGUAAUUUACAACACUAUGAUUUGUGGACUUUGUAACGAGGGCUUGUUUGAUGAAGCAUUAGAUUUGUUGUCAAAAAUGGAAGAUAAGGGUUGCUUUCCCGAUGCUGUCACUUUUGAAAUAAUGAUUUGUGCACUCUUUGAAAGCGGUGAGAAUGAUAAAGCAGAGAAACUUGUACGUGAAGUGAUUGCUAGAGGUCUACUUUAAGAGCAAAACCAGGUUGCAAACCGAGACCUGUAUGUGAUGUACCAUGAAAGUGAACAGAUAUCUUGACUUCAUGCAAGAAAGAGGCAUGGUGUACAGCCCUCUGUCUGUCGUAUUGUUAUAAAAGAGAGAAACUUGAAUGUUGAAAGAGGCAUGGUGUAAGGCCCUCUAUGGCUCUAUCUUUUAAUGAAUGCAUUAAUCUUUUCAUAUGAAUUGUGAAUUAAACUAUAAUUUUAGUUUUUCAUAAAAUACAUUGCGAGUGUUUGUAGUCUGUAUCUGGUUUUGUUUAUUGUAUCAGAAUAGUUAGUGGAUUUGAGUUGUGUAAGCGGCCGCAAUAUUGUUCAUACUUGGUUGCUUGUUUUGAGUGUUUUAGGUGCAAGACUAUGGCUGACUUUGUUUCCCCUGCUUUUAGCUAUUUGUCAUAUUGUAUCAACCUUUUCACUGUGUUGAGUAUUAUUUGUGCUUAACAUCUUAAUAAAUUCUUCUGCUUAUAGAAA